UACUUUUUAUUACCUGACUUGUAAUUUCAGGGUAUUUAUUUUGUCAGCUAGCUUACCCAUUAGCCUGGGCAUUUUUUACGUGUUAGCUAGUCAUCAAGCUAACAGCUAACUACGUUUUCCGGAUAUUAGUGUUCAUUUUCUCGUCAAAGAUCCUCCCGUAAAAAAGACAACUUUUCAUGAUAUUAAGUUUGGCGUCUACACCAGCCUCUGGUAUCUCAUUGUAUCUCAAGACAUCGCCUUGCUACAAUUUCCUUCCUUUUGUUUGUGAUUCCUGCAGUGGUGUCUUCUGUCUUAGCCACAGGAGCAGAGAGGCCCACUCAUGUUUAGAGGACCCAGUGAAAAGGGAAAGCUCAUGUUCGGGCUGCAGCACAAGUUAUCCAUGCUCAUUUGAAGAAUGCAAGGGAAAGGAAUUGCUGCCAGUGAUAUGUCCUCAUUGUGAAAAACAUUUCUGUUUGGCCCACCGUCAUCAAGAUGAUCAUAACUGUGAGAGGUUGGAAGUCCCUAAGCCACGAAUGGCAGCCACUAAAGAGCUGGUUCAAAAGAUUGUGGACUCAAAGGAUAGAUCCAAAACCAAAGGACGCAGAGGAGCAAAAAACAGUGCAACUGCAGCCAAGGUAGCGUUAAUGAAACUGAAGCUACAUGCUGUUGGAGAUAAGGGACUUCCACAGACAGAGAGAACAUAUUUUCAAGUUUAUCUUCCCAAAGAAUCUAAAAAUUCCAGCCAACCCAUGUUCUUCUGUUCCAAAUGGACAGUGGGAAAAGUUGUGGAUUUUGCAGCUUCUCAAGCUAGCCUCAAGAACAACAACAAUGUCUCGACAGCUAAGAAACUGCGGCUGUGCCAUCCUGACACAGGUGAAACUAUGCCAAUGGACGAUACCCUACUUGUGUUGAUGUCUCACCCAGAAACUCCACUUCACAAUGGCGGUAAUGUGAUCUUGGAAUACCUGGACAAUGAGUGCACAGGCCUGCAGGAUGUUUAUGAAUAUAUCACAGAGACAAGAUAAAACACUAGUUUGAGAAUUACUGUAUUCAAGUUGAGUUUCUGUCAAUAAAAUAUUUACAAACCAUG